AUGUUCUUGGGCUCCAAGGGCUUCCCCCAGAGGUCAGGCUUCGAUGCGUGGCUAGCACAGCAUGGGGGCAGCUCGAACGCCUACACGGCCGAGGAGCGCGGCCCAUGUUUUGUGCGGUUUAUCCAGGAGCAGACGGUCUACUAUGCCUCUGUGAACAGCAAGGCGCUGGAGGAGUGUUUGGAGCGCUACGCGGACAUCUUUGAAGCACCUCUCUUCAACGCUUCGUGGAUCUGGGAUGAGGUGCAGGCCGUGAACAGCGAGCACAACAAGAACCGGAAGAGCCAGGAAUGGCGGAUCCAGAGCUUGAUCGGCCAAAUGGCGGUCGCGCCUCGGGGCGAAGAAACCGAGCGCGGCCGAGCGGAGAGCGGCGCGCCUCGCAGGAAGAACCGAGACCUUCAGACCCACCGGAGCGGUUAG